GCCCUCCCUCCCUCACCCUUACGUCAUAGGACCGGUGCACUUGCACAUCGCAGUGGGUCGUGGGUUAGCAGCUCUGCACGAUCAGAAGCAUGCACUUGCAGAGAGCAGCAGCAGCAGCAGCAGCAGCAGGCAGUCUUUUGUCUUCGGAUGGUCUGGUCUGGUUCCUCGUCUGUCUGUGAACUCGAACAGAAAUAAAGCCAAAAACCCACAGAGCCCACAGAGCAGGGUGAAAGGCGGGACUUCCUUCGGACAGAAACGCGUCCCCGGCUGUUUAUCUCUGCGUACAGCUUGAAGGCGAGCCAGUGCGGGAUCAGAUAUCGAGGUGAGCUUGUCGACUCAUAGUUGUUUUUGUUUAUAUUUUUGCCUUUUGUAACAUUCAUGCCAGCCUGUCCACUCAUUCCGCCUUGUGUCUUUGUUGUGUUGUUGCAGGAAGUAGUGCGUGUUUUAGCUGGUAGCUCUGCAGCACAGAGGCUAGUCUCUUUAUUCCAUUUGUAAUGUGUCAGACUGUCUACAUGGAGGAUUGCAUUGAAUUAUAAACAAAUAACAGCCGGUUUAUCCUCAAUCUGCUGGAUUUUCACUGACAUCAUUGAUCACUUGACCUGCAGUGCUAAUGCCUGAAUGGAGAUAAAGCUGCUGUUACAUCAACCUGUGCCAGAUGUGCCUGAAUAAUCACAAUUUCAGGGGAUAUGUCCUGUUUUUUUUACUUGAAAUUAGGAGUAUUUGAGCAUUAUAUAAGAAAAAAAAUGGACCUAAAUUAGAUUUAAAGGAGCAAAAGUAAAACUAAACAAUUCAACUCAAAACAACACAGGUUCCUGUUUUAUACCACCUCUUAGACACUGUUCAAUAACUUCAUACAAAUUUAUUCCCAGUUUUAACACUAACAAAAAUGCACAUGUAAAUAAGUUAAUAAUGAGCCACUAUUUAUAGUGUAUUAUUUGUUUUGCAUACUUUCAUUAGAAGAAUCAAGUUUGUGCUUGUUCUGCACACAGUCUUUCAUGAUUUUUUGUUAUUUUAUUAACAUUUAUUUAACUGGGAAAGCCUUAUCUAGAUCAAACAUCUCUUAAAACGGCCCGCUUUUCGACUGUUUGUUUUGUGCGUGAUUGUUCUAUGUCAAAUUUUACCAUAUCCACAUAUUUGACCCCAUAAAAAUAAACUGAGCCAUCACAGUUUCCCAUAAAAAAACAUCGCUGGUUUGAACCUGCCAACUCUUCAUUACCCCAAACUGUUUCAUUAACGGCAUAAUCAACUUGGAACAAAAGAGAUAAUUAAAACUAACAGUAUUCUGGCAUUGCUCCACAUAGAAAAAGAUAAAAUGAGUAAUUGCUGUAUAAAAAUAGAAGUCGAUUUACACUCUGCUCAUCUGUUAUUCAAAUAUGUCUCAGCUCCAGACCUAAUCAGCGGUCAUUUCAGUAUAGAAAUGACAAUUAGUAGGUUUUAAUUCAGAGGCAGCUGGCUGCAAUGACAAUAUUUGAUUUUUAACAAUUACAAAUGGUCGUCAGAUUUGUAGGUCAAACUCAUUCUAACAGUAUGACAAUUUGCGGUUGUUUGGCUUCUAUUUUUAGAGCAGAUUUUCAGCUGAAUGUUUGGAAAAUUUCUUUGGAGGAGGGAGAACAAAGAAAACGGCCUCCACAGAGGUCUGAUAAAACUGAUGGAGCUGUCAAGGCAGAACAUGUAUCUCUCUUUCAAAGCCUUGUUGAGUUCUUCUGAAGCUGGUUUUGUGUGUUUCUAGGCCGUCUUGUCGCUGCACGAUGCUGCACCGCCUGCUGCGAGGAGGCUGCAGUCCUCUUCUCUGCAUUUGGGUCCUGCUGCUCCCCCUGGUCUCCCUGAACCAACACGGCCACAGGAACCACAAUGUGAGGGACCAAUCCAAGCUGCUGCUCGUCUCUUUUGAUGGAUUUCGCUGGGAUUACAUCGACCGGGUCCCGACGCCCAACUUCCGCAAACUCAUCGACGAGGGGGUGAUGGUGGAGCAGGUGGAGAACGCCUACAUCACCAAAACCUUCCCCAAUCACUACAGCUUGGUGACGGGGCUGUACACGGAGACGCACGGCAUCGUAGCCAACGAGAUGUAUGACCCAAUUCUAAACCGCUCCUUCUCCAUGGAGACGGACAGUAUUUAUGAUUCACGGUGGUGGGAGGAAGCUGUGCCUCUCUGGGUGACCAUACAGAAAGCUGGGGGGCGGAGCGGGGCAGCAAUGUGGCCAGGGUCUGACGUAAAGAUCCACGGCAUGUUCCCAAACCAAUACCUGCGCUAUAAUGCCUCAAUGUCCUUUGAAACCAGAGUGGAGCAUAUCAUCAAGUGGUUCUCUGCACCCAAAGAGGAAGCGGUGGAUUUUGGGGUUCUGUACUGGGAGGAACCGGAUGAGAGUGGGCACAGACUGGGACCGCAGAGUCCCCAGAUGGAUGUCGUCAUCUUCGGGAUCGAUCAGAAGCUCGGGUUCCUCAUCGACGAGCUGGUGAAGGCGGGGCUGUACGAGAAAGUGAACCUGAUCGUGACCAGUGAUCACGGGAUGGCACAGCUUUCCCCUGAUAAUAUCAUCGAGCUGGAUCAGUAUGUGAGCAGAGACCUGUACACCUGGGUGGAUAAGAGUCCAGUGGUGGGAAUACUGCCCAAUCAAGGUGUCUUUCUCAAACAUCUGACACAUUGAAAACUGUUCAUACUUUAAUGAAAGGAGAUUUAGAGAUUUUAAAUACCAGUAGACACAAAGUAAAGCUGAAUUAAUUCACUAUAUAUGUAAUAUUAGCAAUUAGUAUGGAAUAGCUGGGUGAGUGACAACAAACAGCCUGAUUCAACAGAUUCAGCCUCUAGUUGUACCAAUUUUAGUGACAACCGCAUGAUAGCAAUACAGAAGGCCAUGUGGUCAACAAAAACACCACUCUAUAGCCACAAAUAAUGCUUAAAAAAAUCACCCAACUUCAUCAACAGUACAUAUAGGGUCCCAGCCACAGUACUAGCCACCAAACAUCUUUUUAGCUUUGCCUAAUUUCUUUAGCAAAGGGACUAAGCACAACUCACCUACUCUCUUCUAGCAGCCGCUUGUUUGUAGUUGGACUUCAGGUGAGUCCAACAACUGCAGCGGAGUGACGCAGCUCAAAGAAUAACAUUUAUAAUCAUUUCUUCAUGGAAAUACAAUCAGAAAUGAUCAACAUGAUGAUUAUUACUUCCGGAAAUGAUAAAGUAAUGAUCAUAAAUGUUCUUCCUUGAGCUGUGUCACUCCGCAGCAGUCUGUAAUGAACUGGCCUGAGGUCUCGCUACAAACAAGCGGCUGCUGGAAGAGAGUUGGUGAGUUGUGUUUAGUCUCUUUGCUAAAGAAAUUAGGCAAAGUUAAAAAGAUGUUUGAUGGCUAGUGCCAUAGUUGGGACCCUAUAUGUAUUUUGAGGAUGUUAGGUGCUGUUCUGAGCAUUAUUUGUGGCUAUAGAGUGGCGUUUUGGUUUCGUGCGUGGCUGUCUGUAUUGCUAUCGUGUGGUCGUUACUCAAGUUGGUAAAACUAGAGAAGCAAGCGGUCGGCAACCUUCAUCUCUCGAGGGGGGUUCUAACUCGUUACAGUGUGUUUGACCCUUAAUUAAUUUUAUGCUUGAAUAUCCCUUUAAGCUGACUGUCUCCUACUACUGACAUGUUGCAAAGAAAAAAAACCUUCAUUUUAAAUAAAGUUUUAAAUCUUGACAUGAGACAAUCACAGAAGGCUGCCUCGCCAAGGCUUCAAAGGUCCAAAAGUAAUUUCACUAUAUUGCUGUUCAAACUGCUUUAAUCCAGAAUCAAAUAUUUAUUUUUCAAUAUUUCAACAUAUUUAACAACUUACAGCUUCUACACUUUCUUAUCUUGAAGAAUAAACUUUGUGUUUAUUGACAUUGUUAUCCGUCUUGUAGGAAAGCUCGAAGAAGUUUACGGCAAGCUCGUGGAUGCGAACCCGAACAUGGCCGUGUUCAAGAAGGAGAGCAUCCCCGAGCAUUUCCACUAUCAGCACAACGUCAGGAUCAUGCCCAUCAUCAUCGAGGCCAAAGAGGGCUGGACCGUGGUUCAGAACAGGAGCAGCCCCUUCAUGUGUGCGUAUUCAAACCUCUCUAACAAAUCUACGAUGUGACAAUACUCUGAUUAUGCUGCACACAUUAAACGGGUUUUUUUAGCUGCUUGCUGCGACUCGUUCUAUGAAUAGCUUCACAGGAGAUUUUUGGAGUCAUUGAACCAAAGGUAGCUCAUGUUCCUUCAGUGUUAAUUAGCGAGAUUUGUUUCCCCCAUGGAGGCAGUAGGAGUGUGUUUGUGUUUGUGUGUGUAUGUUUCUCUUUCACUGCAUUCAAAUCUUCUCUAAAACACUUCGAGGUCUCAAUCCAUGUGUCACAAAGAGAGGAGUUCCUCUUUUUCUGACUUCACUUCUGUUCGGCUGUAAACGUCUUGUUAAUCAGUGAAAUGACCGGGUGGAGUAAAAACCUGCUGACUCUCUAUCCUCUCUGCUGCUCGGACAGAUACGUGCAGUACUCAUCAAAAGGGCGUAGAUGAUAAAAACCCAAGCUCUGACACAGGGAAGCACAGCUCUCAUAUUAAUGAUUCCUAUCAGUGUUUGUAGAUAGGACAUGCUCUCCCUGGUUCUUGAAGAUUAAAAUAUUACAGAUAAGCAAUAUGAACAUUGACUUAACCCCUUUUUCACUUGUUAUGAAUGCAGCGUUAUGUAUUAUUGUCUCCCAACAGCAAUCACAGACCGACUAUAUGCCAUUAGCUGAUUUAAACACUUCUUUUUUAGACAGGCGACUGUCCUUUUGUGAUUUUCAGACUAUUUUGAUCAACAGUCUAUUAUUUUUCCGAGUGUAAAAUGACAUUAUCAGUCAUUAAAGUCACACUAUAUAUACAGGUGCAUUUUUAAAAUUUUAUUUAAUUAGAUAAUUACAGCCGUAGCCCAAAAACAUAUCCCAAAAUAUUAGAAUUUUUCAUUAAAAAAAAAAAAACUUUAUUGACUUUCAUUUCACUUUAUACAGACAGUUUUAUAAUGUAAUUAUAUAAGAAUACACACAACAUAACAAAGUACUUUUUACAAUCAAUAAUUCCUUGUUUGGGAUAAAUUGUAAAGAUAUAGUACAAACAUUUUCAGUAUUUACAUCCUUUUAUUUAUAUUUUCCUUUUUUUUGGAACGAUCAACAAACCGUUUUACUUUCUUCAUUCAGUGUUUUUCAUCACAUAGAAGUCGGAUUUUUUUCAUUUUACAUUGGAGUAAAUUGCUAUUCAAACAGCAUCUCUCAGUCCAGUUCAGUUCAUGCAACUACAAUCAUGGGGGAAAGCUGCUGACUUAACAGUUGUCCAAAAGGUGAUUAUUGACACAAGGAGAGUGAGUUACAGAGGUUCAUUGCUGAAAACACUGUUUUCAUGGAAGCAUAUAAACGGAAAAUAGUAGCCUUGAGAGUAAAGUCAGUUUGAACCCCAGAGACACUGUAAGAUAUUUGUCAAAAAGCAGAGGAGAAACACCCAACCCAAAAAUACAGAUGAGCUGAAGGCUGCUACUAGAGGGACCUGGGCUCCUGUAUCAUCUCAGCAGUGCGAAAUCUUGCAAAAACCCUAAAACAGAAGCAUGUAAGAGGUAACUGUGUGUUGAAUUGCUCUUAUGUUGCACAAAAUGUUAAGAAAAAAGCUCCACUUAGUGCUUUAAAUGCAGAAAAAGUCUAAUCUACUGCACUUACUGUACGGCUUGUAGUUAAAGUCACUCAUGCCGCCUUUACUGGAGGCUCUGAUAAACUGUAUUGAUCUUCCAGCACAAUAAGCAAACCCUGUCAGAGCCAUAGGAGCAUAAUAACGAGCAGUUGUUGGACAGCCUAAGCUUUCAUCAAAUGUCCUUUAUUUUCAGUUUUUCCCCGUGCCUGCUGUGAUGGAUUUAGCUGUAAACAGUCUGCUUGGACAAACAGAGAUGGUAGUAAAUCAUGUGACAGAGUCAGCAGAGCCAGCUUCCAUAAAUCUCCAAACAAAAUCUGCUGCGUGAGAUUCAUGGGAACUGGAGAUUUUCAAUUUAACACUACGAUGAUGAUGAUUAAAAACUGAAGUCUUCUUCUUUUCUCUCUCUGCAGUGGGGAACCACGGCUAUGACAACACCUUGCGCAGCAUGCAACCGGUGUUUGUCGCCCGUGGGCCGUCUUUUCGCCGGAACUACGUCAAAACCUCCAUGCACUCUGUCGACCUCUACCCUCUCAUGUGCCAGAUCCUGUACAUCAGGCCUCUCCCAAACAAUGGCUCCCUCUUGAACGUCAUAGACCUACUCUCCCCAGACAUCACUCCAUCUACGCCCAGCGCCCCUCCCAGGGUCACCAGCUACUCCUACGCCCCUGUUGUGGGUUCUCUCCUGGGAGUGGUGAUGGUGCUGGGCUUCCUGGUGGUCUACAUUAGACAAGUGACGCUCAAACAGCUGCCCUCGCUCAAACACAGACGCAGGGAGAUGUCGCAGCCCUUACUGCAAGAGGACUUGCACCUGUAGCCGAAGUGAGAGAAACGGAGGCAGACAUAAAAGAAGAGGAGGUAUUGCUCCCCAAGGUAGUCUGCGCUGCACAGAAGCAACCCCCCAAACGCUUCCUUUAUAACGACUUAAUGCCAGUGUGAUUCUCUCUUUAAUAGAUGGAGAUCAAGGGAAUCUAAUCUCGCUUCCUAAUCAUGUAUAGAGGCAAACCUCGUUUGCUUGUUUGAAAGGGAAAUGUCAAGGGUUUGCUUCUGGUGCAGGCUUAAUCAAGAUAAUAAACCUUUACAUGGGCUUUAUAGUGGCUUUGCUUUGAUUGUGAAUUCUACCUAUUAUCAUCUCGUCAUCUUCAUCGUCACUUAAGAAUUAAAACUUUAGGAGUGGAAUUUAAACCUGUGAUCCGACAGGUGUGAAGCUUCGCUAGCCAACACGAUAAAAAAAAAGGGAACGUAAAGGUGUCAGUACGCUCAAAAGAAACCUGUUAUCCUGAGAAGGGAGGAGAAGCGAUGUAGGUUGAAAUGGAGAAGAAUGCAAACACUUUGAGACAAUCUUCACUUAGCGGCAUUAACAGUGUUUGCACUUGUUGAGGAAAAGAGAAGUAGCUUGAGUUGGACGAAGAAGCUUGAACAGGAGGUGAGCUGAGAGGGCAAAAUGUUGAAUACAUACCCCACUGAGCAACAGACGGCUAUAAGAAGUCUAGUUUUUUCUUUUUUUAGACCUAAUUUCAACCGUCUAGAUUCUGUAUAUUUUUGGACGGAAUUUAGACGUUGCACCCCAACCCAUUAUUCGAGAACUGUUUAUUUCAAAAAGCAACUGUGAUUUGCAUAACUGAUCUCCAAGUACUUAACCAAAAUAAUUAUGAUAGCCGUUGAGCAAUAUACAGUGUAGUAUAGAUAUAGCCCAGAUUUAGACUUGGUCUAAAUUUAGACGUCUAUAAAACUUUCAUUUUUAGACCUGUGGUAGCCUGAUUUGAGACCAGUCGUCAAGACUACAUUUAGAUGAUUAUUAGACCUCUUUUAGACCAAUAAAUGCUCAGCUGGACAUUAUCUGACAAAAGCCAAUAAUAUAUAACAGAUAAUUAUUUGAUUAAAAUUUAUGAACAUCGCCAUGGUAAUGGUUAAAAAAAUCUAUUUAAAGUAAACAAACGUCUUACUGAUGUUUAUGGCAGGUUAAUAGGUUUCUAAUGAGAGCCUAUAAGUCUCUUAUGAGCAAUAGUAAUUAGUUAUGCUAUCUUAAGAAUUACAUAGACUUAUCUAUGUUUAUGAGUAUCUUAUAAGAUUUGAUAAGUAGGUUAUUAACUUAAACGACUGCUUAUCACAGGGGCCUCAAUAUAAAGUGUUACUCAGGACUAUCAUGUAAUGUUACAUCAUGAUAUCUAAUGAUCCGAAUACUAAAGGUUUACCCUUUAUUAUAAGGUGAGCUGACUAUUCAAAUAUGAAGGAAUACCAUUAAAGAGUGUUGGGUAAUUUAAGAUAUGAUAGUUUUAUCACAACAUUAUGGAAGCGUAUUGCAUUCACUGAAAAUUUAUUUUUUUUCUUCGUUUUUUUUUUUUUUUGUACUAAUGUUAUUUCCUCUUUCUGUUUUCGGACAAAUUUUUUAUUCUGUUUUUCUCACUAUUUUUAUUUUCGUCCUGUUUUUUUGGACUAUUUUCUUUCCUAACUAAGCGAGAUACAUCAAAAUCCUGCGAGAAUCUCAUACCAUCAGAUAAUGUUAACCACCGCAGCUGCUCUAAAUCAGCGGAUUCUCCAGCUCCUAGAUAACUUCGACUAUGAAGUAAAGCAUGUUAUUAGUUAAACGUAGGGUUUGAAAAUCCUGAGGUGCCUGCGCAAAGUAGACAAACUUGUAGCGAUUCCAUCUAUCUGACUUAAAGAAAGGAGUAUCUCUCAGUGUCUCAAACCCAAAAGAAAGUAAAACUUGAUUAAACUAAACAAACGGGCCAUGUUUGCUUCUAAUAAAUCGAGCAGAGGGGACUGAAAGCGUCUGUUUGUAUAUGAUCAUUAUCACAGAGAAUAGGAAAAACAAUGAGUCUGAAAAACAAAAACAAAACAAAAAUAGUCCGAAAAACAGACAAGAAAAAAAAAAAAAACUCUGAAAAACAGAAAAAAAUUAGUCUGAAGAAGAAAGGAAAUUACUCUAAAAAACAGCCUUUUUUUUUUUGCAAUACACUUCCCUUACAUCAUAUUGACAAAUAUUGGUAUUAGUUAUUAUAGAGGAAAUUGCUUUAUAGCCCAGCUCAACACUUCUCCCACUUUCAGCAUCAGUCUGGUAUUAACUUAAGAGGGUUUCAGAUGCUUUUUGAGACGUACUGACAUCUUUUAUUCUUCGACAGUAUUUGGGCAUUUUCAAAUCUAUGCAAACAGAUUUGUAUGUCAUUAGGUAAAGAAGGGAAAGGCCUUACCAGGUUUUUUGCCUCGAGUGUGGUCCGAGCACUGAAUCAGCUGCUCCUUUGGGAAUAAAAUGACUGUGAUUAUCUUUAAAAAAAAUGUAUUCAAAACUCAACAGGAGCUCAACAGGAGUCAGCACUAUUUUUGAAUGUUACACUUGUAAGCAAAUGUUAAACUAGUCUAACUCCACGUGCCAGACCACAGCGCAUAAAUGUAGGUCAUUCCAUGAUUGCUCUGAGGUAGUCAGUAACCAUUUGCCUUUUAAAUAACAGAGAACAUCUCUCUAAUGUGUGCAGUCGUUUGUGUAUCAGUCUGUUUUUUGUAGCAUUUGUGUUAGGAGGAUAUUUUCCGUGUAGAGGACCGUGUACUGCCCUCCUCUUUGAACAUUGACUGUCAUAACCACGGCCAUUUGUUGGUGAAAUGUGAAGUGCAAUUGCUAAUGGUCAGUAUUUCGUCUUAGGGAUUUUUAUGGGUUUCGUCGUUGCUCGGUUGAGAAGACUAUUUCGGCAUGACUUGUGAGAACUGUUCCCCUGAUUUGCACUAUAGGAUAGAAAUGAACCAGAACGAAAGGGGCAGUCGUCGGAUGCUAUUUCGGUCAUGUUUAAUUUGCACUUGUUGUUUGUAGUAGCUAUUUAAAAUGAUUAAAAAAUAAUAAAAAUAAAAAAAGUUAGGUGCCUCUUGCCAAAAAGCUUUUUAAUGAGAGUAGUGAUAGCGAUAGAAAGUCAAGUAGAAUCCAAAUCUUCAAAUAAUCAAAUCGAAUAUUUUUUCAGCAUCUUUUGAGAAACGAUUGGUUCAAUUUACUUCUUCUGCUUUUAGAUGCACUGACUAAUACCUGUGGCCCAAAAAAUGACAGACAUCACUGUGAUAUAUAGUUUUUACAAAAUUUUAAAUUCAUAAACUAAAAGAGUUUAUAUGAAAAAUCAUUAAUUUUCUGAUAAUUGUUGUUUUAUGAAAGAGGUGUCUGAUAAUUUUCCCCUGAAUUUUUGAGAGAUAAAUGAAAUAUGUGGAGAAUAUAUUUAAAUAAGUUAUUUGGAAAUUAUUUGAAAGAAUGAGUAUUAGAUCAGGUUUAUCUCAGUGGAUUAUUAACUUGGAUUUGAAGAAUGGAUAUUUAAUAUGAUUAAAAAUUAACUAUCUUUGCCAUGUUGAUGCAAUUAAAGAGUCUUCUGAAACUAAAA